UCGAACAGUUAAACUUGAGGCUGUAGCUCAGCAUUCUGGACUUGUUCAUGCUCCACAUGAUGUAGCUGUCCAUGAAGGAAAUUCAGCAUACUUUAAUUGUUUUCCCAACACAAGUUUCUCUGUAUAUGCAUUGGUGACGUCAUUAGCAGAUGAACUAAACAAUAGUAGAAUUGACACUGUGUGGAGUGUUGAUGGGCAGUCGGUGCAACAAAGUGAAGCUGGUGGUGUACUACUGUCUAAUGGAGGUCUUCUCAUUCCUUUUGUAUCUCGACACAAUGAAAACGAUGAUAUUGAUGUUAUACAUAAUUACUGUUGCCAACUUGACCAUAAGAAACCUGCCUGUGCAUCAAUGAGGGUGUUGCCUUCUAGUGGAAAGUCACAAUCUCCAACUUUAGUAGCCGAACCAUUUGACAUAUUUAUUAAAGAGGGGGAAACAGGUGUAACACAGUGUGUGGGUAAUGGUGUACCACCACCUACAGUGACAUGGUUUAAGGAAAAUGGGACGAAGGUGAUUGCAGACAAUGAAGACGUUUUCAUGUCUGCCGUAUUGAAGAUCACGAAUGCACAAGUAGAAGACUCAGGGAUAUACUACUGCAUAGUAGAGAACAGUUUUGGACAGAUAAAUCACAGCAUUUCUGUUGUUGUUUUAGGUUCUCCGAGAGUAAAAUUUGUGUUUGAUGACAAUGUUUGGAUUCCUCGAGGAAAGCAAGCUUAUCUUGUAUGCCCAAUUGAAAGAACUGCUUAUCCUCGUUCCAUCAGCAAGUUUGUACCAAAGUUGCAGAUUGCAUGGCUUUUUAAUGCUACUGAGAUCAGCUCAACUGACAAUGGGCUACAGAUUUUACCAAAUGACACAUUGCUAAUCAAUUCAACGAGCUUUGCCAGUGAAGGGAUGUAUCAGUGUUUUGUGGAGAAUGUGUAUAGUAGUGUACAGGUGACAUUUCGACUGCGAUCUUACGGAUCACCAGCUUCUGUUCUUCAUGUUUCUGUGAAAGUCUCACCAGGAAAUGUAAUUCUUUCUUGGCUUCCUGGCUACCCAGGCUGCUUGACAUCCAAAUGCACAAUCAGUUAUUAUGAAGCAAAAACAAGUGGAUGUACUACAGUUUAUCGUACCUCAGCAAUAUCAGUAACAUUAUUUGACAGUUUAACUGGCCAGUUUAUAUUUUCUCCUUGUUCUACAUAUGAUACUGGAAGUCACUACAGCUUUAAUGUGGUAGCUGUCAAUGAGGUUGGUAAGUCUUUCAGAGUGGAACUUUCUACAUUUAUUGUUCUUCCUGCAGCAAUAGUUAAGAUGCAGUUGAUUAGCUCUUCAUCUGUUCAUAUUUGGUAUGAUGUGCCACUGUUUUCAAUCGAUGCUAGUGAUUGUGAAAUUCAAAGAAAAAGUUGUCAAAUGAGUGACACAUUGGAAUUAAAUGAUUUGAUGUCUUGUGCUGUUUGUGUGAAUGUUAUUGAUUCAAACCAUGUUUCCCAGCAGCAGAAUGUGUCUGUUUUUGGAUCAUCAACACAAGAUGAACUAUCAAUACUCUUAAAUGUGGAAGGUCUUCAACCAAUGACAAAUUACAAGUUUAGUGUUAUUUUUAAGUGGAGACUUCGAGGGAUGAAAACAACUGAAACUCAUCCCAUGCAUUGUUCUACUGGAAUGACAACUCCUUUGCAUCAAGCUAUACUGCAAAAGGCUGUGAGAAUCAAUUCAACAUCAUUUUAUGUGUUGUACGAGGGCAUUGAUUUGUCAAUUGUUUCAAGUCUUUCAUAUUAUUAUCGACUUACUGUGUAUAGUAGCAGUGGAAAUCAGGUAGCUGAACUGCAUUCGUUGUCACACAAGUUUAAUGAUACCAACAGGGAAACAGUUCAAUGGGAUGUGAAUGGAAGGAUGCAUCGUCUCAAGCAGUGGGUUAGUUACAAUGUGGCUUUACAGAGCUGUUGUGAUAAUUCAACAUGCAAGCAAUGGGCAGCCACUGCACAGUGUGAUGAAAUGGAUGUAACGCAGUUGGAAGGUGUUUGCUUUCAAUCAUGCAAGUGUGGCAGUGGUAUGUUAACAGCCAUUCAGCCACAUGAUAUUAAAUUUGGACCUGUAAGUAAUAUUAGUGUGACCACUUCAUCUUGGUGGGCAAGCAUAAACUGGAUACCAAUAUCAGACAGCUUGGUGAUGACGUACAACAUCAACAUUACUGCAGAAUCUCGUCAACCUAUUGUUGUUUUGCAACAUCCUCCAGUAUUUAUCACAGGACUGCAGGCACAAACAGUGUACAGUAUUAUAGUAUCUGUUGUAACAUAUGAUAGACAACAACCAGUGCAACCUGCAAUACGUGUCUUUACAACUACAGGCCAGAAUGCUGCUCCAAGGAAAGUGUCCGUGAGUAUGUCUGAUAGGCGGGGAUCUGUAUUAAUAUCGUGGUCACCCGUUUGGUUGGAGAACUUGAGUAUCACUGGCUACAAUGUGAAAUAUUGUCAUUUCACGGAAUGCGUAACUUUGAAAAAGAUACUUACACUUAAUACAACAGUUCACGCACUUUGCCCAGAGACAGAAUAUAAUUUUACUGUAGCUUCAAGGAAUGGAAACAACAUUGGAAACUGGUCUGAGCCAUUGUUGUACAAAUUACUGUAUUUUGUUCCUCCUCCUCGUGAAGUUUCUGUUGAUCGAUAUGGCAGUCAGAGUGUCAAAGUCAAUUUGACAGUUUCUAAAUGUUCCUUACUGGAUAGACAAGCUUGCCAGCACAUCAGCUUCACUGUGGUGGUCUGUGAGGUCAAACACUCAUCGUGUGUUGACAAAAAUGGGACAAUGAACAAGCAGUCUGACAGCACUUCUAUCUCAAUUUCAGGACUUAGAUCAGCAACAAUCUAUUAUGUUAGUGCUCGUUUCAUCUGUAACAAACCAGGUGUUUGGUCUGAAUCAGUAGCUUUUGAAACAGCAGCUGUCUUUCACAAAGGUCUCAGCAGCGGAGAAUCAAGAGUGUUGAUGAUAUCUACAAUUGUUGUUAGUAUUGUUUGUAUUAUUGGCAUUAUUGCUGGAGUUAGUAUAGUCUGCAGAUGCUACAAGAUUAGGAAGCAAAAUAGGCCACAACCAGACCCAGAAUAUGUGAGAUCAAGAGCAUCAACAGUUGCACCAGAUAUUGAGGGACACCCAUAUGAAUAUCCAUCACAGUGUACUACUGAAGAUUACCCAGACUUGGGCAGUAGUCGUAAUCAAUUCCCACCUAAUCAACUACCAUUUCCACAAAGUGAAGAUGAUAUUAGACAUUUAUCUGAGGGUAACUCACCUCUGAUGGAAAGAAGACGGGAUGAUUUUGGACAAAGUCUAGCUAAUCACGAGAACAAAGAAUGUCACAUGUCUUACGUACCAUCUAAUUUGUCAAGAUUAGAUAGUAACAGUCAAUUUGAUCAAAGAAUUCAAAACCACAAUGUAGCAAUACGUUGUGCUAAAUGGGCACAAGAUGUGAAUAAUUGUCAAUAUCAACGAGUUGGCUCUGACUAUGUUCAGCAGCCAACAUGGAGACAUCCAUUGCAAGAAAGUGUGAAGAUACCUAGUGAAGAUGAUCCAUGGAGUGAAUGUCAGUCGGCUGACACAGCUUUUGUGGCUCAAAGCACAAGAUCUCUUUUGAGGCAACAGUGCAAACAAUCACACUUGCAGCAUUGUCCACAUUCGCAAAUUCAAUUGAAGUGUACCGUCUUUGGUGGUCAUUCUGUUGUAGAUGUUGAUCCAUCGAUGUUGAGAAACUCCCAACACUGCAUUGACUCUGAUGUGGACAUAUCCCUGUCGGCUGUGUCAGUUGAUCUGAAUGACAGUCAUAUCCCCGUAGUAUCUCAAUUGAAAAUGUUGUUGGCAAGUGAGGAUGUUGAGUCCAUUGAAGAUGUUGACAGAGCAACCGAUUAUUUGAAGCUAGAGCAGAUGCGAUCAACUGAUUCCAGUCAACCACAUGGUGCUGAUGAGUCAAAUGAGUCUUAUAACAUAGCAGAAUUUCAAUCUGUUGUGGGGCUGUCGGGUUUAGAAUUGGAAUCAAAAUCAAACUGGAAAGGCUUACCUACUUGUAGUGCUGGCAUGGAAUAUGUGUCCUGUCAAAGAACACAUAAACAAAACAGUGGGCUUGAAUGCAGCAGCAGCUCAUUCAGCACAGAUCCCUACUAUCGACUGGAAGGCAGCAAGAUGUUUCAUGCGUGUGACAGAGAGCAAAAAUGGCCUGUUGAUACUCAUGGUGAAGCUAGUCGUUAUUCAACACAAGGAAUCCCUAUGGUUAGUUUAGAAUCUCAAGUGGAUGACUUGGACUCUCUGUAUACUGAAUCAACUGAUUUUUGUACCAAUCAGUUUUUGCCUGAUCCCACUAAUAUCUCAGCUGAAUUGCUACCUGGUUCAGUGCAGUCUAGUGUUAAAAAUAUGAGUCACAAGGGUGGCCAGCAGCAAGAUUAUCAGGAAACGUAUACAGCCGACCUACCUGUACUCACCUCACGUGUAGAUGUAACUGAUGUGGAGUAUAAUGGGUCAGAUGAUGUCAUUGAGAAGAAAUUACAAUCAUCUACACUUCCUACUGGCCGUUCUGAUCCAAUGCUGAUAUAUAUGUCGUCAGGCAGUAAGUAUACUUCCACGGCUAUAUUAGGCAAUUCUGAUGCCCACUAUGUUUCUGGAAUCUCUUCAUGCAACACUAUCAAACGAAAUCAUCAAACGUGUGAUGAAUUGAGUAGUCUUGCUGCUCAAUCAACAGUUUCAGGAAUGGCCAUGUCAGCAUCUGAUGCUAAUAAAAUGAAUGCCACUUCACCGUAUAUUCAACUACCUCAAACACAGUCCAGUUGCUUCAGCAGCAGUGUGAAACAAGGACGCCUUGCAGAGACACAGCAGUCAAUUGUUACAGUAAGCCAUUAUGAUGAUUCGUCUUCAGUUUCAUCUCAUUCAGCUGAAAUUUUGAUGCACCUGGAUGUUGACAAACAUUUAGGUGUCAGUCUCAUGCAAGGUAGUACUCAGCAACCAAAUGAAACUGACUCUGUACGAAGUGAAGGUCAAGUAACUGCAUUUUCACUGAAGUCAAAUUCAGCUGCAGAGGAAGACAAGUUGGUGAUAUCUGUUGGCACAUUGACACUUCCAGAAUGUGAUGCGAGCAUUAGUCGGGAGCUGGAACCAUCAUAUUACAUAUCAGUUGAUAGCUUGCACGCACAAGGGACAGCACUGGUUGAAAAUAAUGCUGCCAGUGAGGAUGAGGAGGCAACAGAGUUUGACUUGGAUGAUGACAAUCUACAGUGUUCCUUGUCGAUGCCUAACACACAUGCCCACGUUCCUAGAAACAAGUCAGAUUAUGUUUAGUCAAACAACCAUGCAAUGAAUGUAGUAGUAACUAAGUUUGUAUUGCCUUAAUUAAUACUUUAGUAGGUGCACAGAAGUGGUAAUUAAUUUAGAUGCAAGUCUUUGUAAUAGCUUUAUAUCAUUUUUGUGUUAAACUUGGGUCUCACACGUGUGUACUAAAUUUUUUUGGCUAUGUAUUUGAUACUGUGCAAGGGUGGUGGGACAAUUAAUUAAAUGCCAGUGGUUAAUAUACAGCACAGUGG